GUCCAGCUGCGAGGGUCCAGUCUUCAUGCACUGGGAUUUUUCUCAGCGCCGACACCAAGUGAAUCUUCCUUUUAAAACCAUUUGAUAACCGUGCCUGCCAAAAAAAAAAAAGCCCACCAUGAGCGCCUCUUUGAAUCCUGACAGAACGGGACUCGUGAGGACAGAGUGCAGAUGUACAUAUAACGGGACGAGGAAACUGGAUGGUAUAAGGAUUUUUGCGCUAAUGAAGGUGGGAGUACAGGCGCAUCACUGGAGCGGGGUGCUGUUCUUCUAUAUGGGGCUGCUGGCUGCAUCGGUUAAGGCUCAAAACUGCAGUCACGCACUACACAGUCCAAAUGGGACAAUAGAAAGCCCCGGAUACCCGUAUGGAUAUCCCAACUACGCCAACUGCACAUGGGUGAUUGUGGCACAGGAACACAACCGGAUACAGUUGGUAUUUCAAGGCUUUGCCUUAGAGGAGGACUUUGACAUCCUUUCAGUCUACGACGGGCAACCCAGUCCAACAAACUUACGGACACGGUUGACGGGGUUUCAACUGCCCGCCCCUAUAGUCAGCACAGGACCCAGACUCACACUAUGGCUGCUGUCAGACUAUGCCGUAAGUGGCCAGGGCUUCAAAGCCGUGUACGAAGCCCUUCCAAGCUAUACCUGUGGGAAUCCAGGCCAGCUGCUGAAUGGCAUGCAGCAGGGCUCUACUUUCAACAUCGGGGAUAAGAUCCGCUACAGCUGCAACCAGGGUUAUGUGCUGGAGGGCCACACUGUGCUCUCCUGCCUGGCCACUUCCUCCGGCACCGCUGCCUGGGACUUCCCCCUGCCGUACUGCCGAGGUCUGUCUGUCUUUGUGCUUGUAGAGCUUGUUGAGCCAAAUCUGAGAUUUGGUAAAUACUGCAAGUUUACUGGUCCAAACCUGCCAUCACCCAUCAUCAGCAGCAAAAACUGGCUGAGACUCCACUUCACAUCCGAUGGAAACCACAAACUGAAAGGCUUCAGUGCUCAGUAUCAAGUGAAGAAGAUGACAGAACUGAAGUCCAGAGGGGUGAAGAUGCUGCCAAGUAAAGACAACCACAGCAAGAUAUCAGUUUUAUCACAGAUGGGGGUGGCGCAAGGACACAACAUGUGUCCAGACCCAGGAAUCCCAGAGAGGGGCAAAAGAAAAGGCUCUGAUUUCAGGCGGGGUGCUACUGUGCACUUUUCUUGUGACGAAGGUUACGAGCUUCAGGGGUCUAAAAGCAUCACCUGCCUGCGAGUUACGGACAGUUAUGUUGGUUGGAGUGAUGACCGGCCUAUCUGCAGAGCUCCUAUGUGUGGCGGUCAGCUCCGUGGCCCGAGUGGCAUUAUCACCUCCCCAAACUUCCCAGUACAGUAUGACAACAACGCUAACUGCACAUGGAUCAUCACAACUUCGGACCCUUCCAAGUCCUUCUUUUGUUCUGUGCACUAUCGUCAUUCAGCGGACUGGUAUUAUCUGCUACUCCACUUCUGCAGGGACUUCUGUUUUGACAAAAAGCCUCAUUCCUCCAACAAGUCCCACUCCCUGCUAUGUAGUCUUUGA